GUAUCCAGAACCCUAAAAUAUAUUAAUAAAAAAAAAAUCUUGUUCUUUUGCUCUCUAAAUUUUCUUUUUCUCAAUUGUCAAUAGUUCAAUUUUCCAUUAAUAUUAUGAAAAUAUUUUUCUUAAAUUUUGUCAAUAAAUAGUUUAUUAUGGCUAUUAUUGAAUUAGAUAUUUGGCGAGGAGAAUGGGGUCUCGCCUCCGUUGAUUUGGAAUGUUUAAAAGUUUUGACCUAUAUGAAAUUUAUCGGUGUACCAGUUCGAGUUCGGGAAGCUAACAAUCCAUAUUUCACACCAAAAGGAAGACUGCCAGUUAUGAGAGAUGGACGGAACGUUCUCACAAAUUUCGAGGAAGUUGUUGACUAUUUGAAGUCCUUGCAUUAUAGUACAGAUGUGCAUUUGAACACAAUACAAGCUGCAGAAGCCAGUGCCUUCACACAAUACCUCCGAGACAAGUUGUACCCUGCUUACCAGUAUGCCUGGUGGGUGGAUGAGAAGAACUACAGUGAUCUGACACGACCUGCAUAUGCUAAAGCCUUACGGAUCCCCUUCAACUUCUUCUACCCUUCUCGAUAUCAGAAUGCUGCCAAGGAAAUGAUUGAUGCAUUAUAUGGUGAACAUACAGAUCUACAAGAGAUUGAAAAGACUAUAUACAGUGAAGCGGAAAAGUGCCUUAAAACUCUAUCAGACAGACUGGGAGAGAGUGAAUACUUCUUUGGGAAUCGACCAUCAUCAUUUGAUGCAACCGUAUUUGCAUACUUAGCACCAUUAGUUAAAGCACCAUUCCCUAAUGCCCAACUGUCAAACCAAGUGAAGGGUAUAGCCAAUUUAUCAAGGUUUGUGGCCAGGAUUAACCAGAAGAAUUUCAGACAUGUUACAGAUGAAUACAAUAGGCAGAACGCAAAAAAACAUUCAACAGGGACACAAUCAGACAGAGAAGCAGCCAACUUUCCAAAUCAAACCCGUAAUAAAAUACUAGCGGCCUUGUUUGCAGCUAUCGCAAUGACUGGCUACGCAUUUGCCAAUGGAAUGUUCCAACGUUGGUCGAAGUGGAGUUGGCGCCAUACAAUGCUACUAAACAGGUUCCGUAUAGCGAAGAAACAUUUCAAUAUUACAAAGAAACUGAAUGCUGGAACAUCUGCACAGAGUAAUUCAGAACAACCGAAGUAGCUAUGAUGUCUGUAUACUUAAUGACCAUAUUAUAUAUCCCGAUUUAGGGCAAAAAUUGAGGUCAUAACGAGCAGAGGAAGGUCGGAAAAGAGAUGGAUGGACCGUGUGAAAGAUGAUAUGGUAAGAAAGGAAGUAAAUAACGAGAUGACUGCCAACAGGGAUGAAUGGAAGAGGAAAACAUAUUACGCGACCCCAAAUAAAUUGGAUAAGGAAGAAGCAGAUGAUGAUGAUAUGACGAAUAAU